AUGGUUCGAGAGAAAGUAACAGUAUCUACUCGGACACUACAGUGGAAGUGUGUUGAAUCAAGAACAGACAGUAAACGCCUUUAUUAUGGACGCUUUAUUCUGUCUCCACUUAUGAAAGGCCAAGCCGACACAAUAGGCAUUGCGAUGCGAAGAGCUUUACUUGGAGAAAUAGAAGGAACAUGUAUCACACGUGUAAAAUCUGAGAAAGUCCCAUAUGAAUAUUCUACCAUAACGGGCAUUCAAGAAUCGGUACAUGAAAUUUUAAUGAAUUUGAAAGAAAUUGUAUUGAGAAGUAAUCUAUAUGGAACUUCUGACGCGUCUAUUUGUGUCAAGGGUCCUGGAUAUGUAACUGCUCAAGAUAUCAUCUUGCCGCCUUAUGUAGAAACCGUUGAUAAUACACAACAUAUAGCUAGUUUAACAGAACCAAUUGAUUUUUGUAUUGGAUUACAAAUAGAGAGAAAUCGUGGAUAUCUUAUAAAAACGCCACAUAACUUUCAAGAUGGAAGUUAUCCUAUAGAUGCUGUAUUCAUGCCUGUUCGAAACGCGAAUCAUAGUAUUCAUUCUUAUGGGAAUGGAAAUGAAAAACAAGAGAUACUUUUUAUCGAAAUAUGGACAAACGGAAGUUUAACUCCGAAAGAAGCACUUCAUGAAGCAUCCCAAAAUUUAAUUGAUUUAUUUAUUCCCUUUUUACAUAUGGAGGAAGACAAUUUAUAUUUACAGGACAAUCAACACACGGUUCCUUUAUCCCCUUUUACCUUUCAUGAUAAAUUGGCUAAACUCAUAAAAAAAAAAAAAAUAGCAUUGAAAUCAAUUUUUAUUGACCAAUCAGAAUUGCCUUCCAGGAUCUAUAAUUGCCUCAAAAUGUCCAAUAUAUAUACAUUAUUGGACCUUUUGAAUAACAGCCAAGAAGAUCUUAUGAAAAUUGAACAUUUUCGUAGCGAAGAUAUAAAACAGAUAUUGGGCACUUUAGAAAAAUAUUUCGUAAUUGAUUUAGCAAAAAAUAAGUUUUAAAUCUAUUGGACUUAUUUAGUCAAAAUAGAUUGAAAUCUUUAGCACAAUUAAUAUAUCAUAUAUUAUAUUAGAAA